AUGCGAACAAGAUCAACCGCUAUGCAUUGCUUUCCGCAUACUGUUCCUUUGUUGUUGUUGCUGGUGGUGCUGGUGUACACUACUGUUGGAUGCCUUGCCUCUGCCGGCCACCUCUGCAACAAUGAUAAGAUCACGAGGAGAGCCGACAUGCAACCAAUUGCGGUGGUGCGGGAGAUGCCGCAGGGAAGAAAAAGAGGCGCGUGGCAGGCGUACACCGCGUCUGUUGGGAAUAGUGAAGAUGGAUGGACUCCACUCCGCAUUUAUGUAUCCACACGGGAUCUGGAAAAUGAUGAAAAGUACUGUGUGGCGGAAGAUGAGAUGCGUCCAACUUUUCGUGGAUCUGAAAUGCAUUGCACGGAGGGCGAUCUCUUCACAAUGCAAAAGAAACGUGAGCUCAUCGAUCAUAUUAUUCCAACCGCUAUUAAAUUGCACACGGAUCGUCUUCUUGUGCAGCGUGAUACUACGAACGCUAUCUUGACUGCACUCAAGACUAUUCAAAGCAAUACUGCCUGUCGGUAUUUCACAAUACCACAGGAACAUGUGGAUAAUGGCGUUGAAGAUGCAGAUAUGGUGUUGUAUUUCGCUUCUGGUCCUGGAGAGACAUUUGCAGUCACAUGUGCUACUCUUGAGAAGGGAGGCCGUCCCAUUGUAGGGGCCAUGAACUUCCGCAUGUCUGAUGUAUUUGCCGCAUCUAUUGCCGCCCGUGUUGCUGCUCAUGAGAUUGCACAUGCCCUUGGAUUUAACUACAAGAUGAUGAGGGAGAAGAAUAUGUUGUCUGAAUCUUACAGUGUACGUGGUAAGACCGAUGUGAAGCUGGUGAUAUCCGACAAAACAAAGGAGGAAGCCCAGAAACACUACAAAUGUGAGAACCUCAAGGGUAUGGAACUGGAGGAAGAGGAAGAUUCUCAUAACGAGGGUUCCUCACAUUGGGAACGACGAAACGCGAAGGAUGAGUUGAUGAGCCCCAUUCGUGGUGGUAACUCUGCCAUGUACUACACCGCAUUAACACUUGCAGCGUUUGCGGAUAUGAAAUUUUACAAGGCUAAUUUCACCAUGGCAGAGACAAUGACUUGGGGAAAGGAUGCGGAAUGCGAUUUUCUGGAGGAGAAAUGCAUGGAGAAUGGUGUGACCAAAUACCCUGGAAUGUUCUGUAGUGACACCUCCAGUAUUACCAGUCAAACGCACUGCACAUCUGACCGACGUGGUGUGGGCUACUGUGCCAUCUCCAAUUCCCACUACAAUCUUCCCAAUCAUUUCCAGUACUUCUGGAGCCCCAAUACUGGUGGUGAGGUGUCAUCCUUGACGGAUUACUGCCCUGUCAUUGAACCUUUUCCACGUGGUAUGUGCAGUGAUCCUGAUAUUAUUUAUGCGCCUGGAAGCCGCCGUGGCAAGAGCUCGUGGUGUCUCGAUGGUGACUCCCUCCAAGUGUACAACGAUGAGGCCUUUUUGGAAGAACACAAAGUUACUGUUGCUGGUGUGUGCGUGGAGGUGUUUUGCAGCCAGCAAUCCGUCAAGGUGCGUUACCACGGCAAUGAAGACUGGUAUCACUGCCCGGAGGGUUCAUUCAUCACUCCAAACUCGUCUACAUUUGCUGGUGGAAGAAUCAAGUGCCCGAAGCGCAGUGAAGUGUGCAUGAUCGCCCCCAGCGGCAGAAGCAAUGUGCUGCGUGAGAGGGAUGCGAAAUCCCAAAAAAAUCUGAAAAAAAAAUAA